AUGCCACCUAGCACGCAAACCGCAAACCACACCACUCAAAAUCAUACAGCGCCACCUCACGACGUAGCCAAAAGUCGUCGCACUCACCGCACAUCCACCAGAUCAACCUCCGUGUCGCCGCCAGUGCUGCCAUCUCCUGGUACCAGUGACAACCACCAAGAAAUUAAUAAGGUUAGGGAAAAUAACAAGCUACUGAUCAUCGUAGGUGAAGUUGAGCCUACACUAAGCACCGCCGGAGCCGAAAACGGCCUUCAAGGACGUUCAGUUCUAAACGUCUAA